UACUGUCGUCCCUCCCAAGAAAUGCUCUGCCCGAAUAAUCUAUCUUUCUGAUCAACACCUUUAUCAUACCAGUCAGAGGGCCAUACGAGUUUGCCGUUGACAUCUGCACACUGUAUUUCUUUUUUGUAAAGCGAUUGGAAGGGUGUGAUAGAUACAGAUAGGCUAUUCUAUGCAUCAUUGCUCUCUCAGUGAGCGAGUUGAUGUAGUCUGCGGAUCAGAUUGCUCCUGUUUGAAUUUAUUUUCUCUGCUGUGUUGCCAACUGUCAGGAUUUCAUCAUGCAAAAAAGAAGGAAGCCAGAGCCGAUUCAGCUGAACCCAAUUCCAGAUGGGAAUGCUAUAAACGGAACCGGGGCCGCAGAAACAAAUCUGGAAGCUCUGCAAAAGAAAUUGGAGGAAUUGGAGCUAGAUGAGCAGCAAAAGAAGCGCCUGGAGGCUUUUCUUACCCAGAAGCAGAAGGUUGGAGAGUUAAAAGAUGAUGACUUUGAGAAGAUUUGUGAGUUGGGUGCAGGCAAUGGAGGGGUUGUCUUCAAGGUCUUACACAGACCCUCUGGCCUCAUCAUGGCCAGGAAGUUGAUUCACCUAGAGAUCAAGCCAGCAAUAAGGAAUCAGAUCAUCAGAGAGCUGCAGGUGCUGCAUGAAUGUAACUCACCCUACAUUGUGGGCUUCUAUGGGGCUUUCUACAGUGAUGGAGAGAUCAGCAUCUGUAUGGAGCACAUGGAUGGUGGCUCCCUAGACCAGUCCUUGAAGAAAGCAGGCAAGAUCCCAGAACAAAUACUGGGCAAAGUUAGCAUUGCGGUGAUUAAAGGCCUGUCCUACCUGCGGGAGAAACACAAGAUCAUGCACAGAGAUGUAAAGCCAUCCAACAUCCUGGUAAACUCGCGAGGUGAAAUCAAGUUGUGUGACUUCGGUGUGAGUGGACAGCUUAUUGACUCCAUGGCCAAUUCGUUUGUGGGCACCAGGUCUUAUAUGUCUCCAGAACGUCUUCAAGGUACUCACUACUCUGUCCAGUCUGACAUAUGGAGUAUGGGUCUCUCUCUGGUGGAGAUGGCCAUCGGACGCUUCCCUAUCCCACCACCAGAUGCAAAGGAACUAGAGCAAAUCUUUGGCCAGCCCCUCGAGGGUAACCCCUCGGUCAGCGAGGCCUCCCCAAAUCCCAGGCCCCCUGGUCGACCCGGGAGCUCAUAUGGUCCGGACAGCAGACCUCCUAUGGCUAUAUUUGAGCUGCUUGACUAUAUUGUCAAUGAACCACCUCCCAAGCUGCCAAGCAUAUUUGGUGCAGAAUUUCAAGACUUUGUUAACAAGUGUUUAAUCAAAAAUCCUGCAGAGAGGGCAGAUCUCAAGCAGCUGAUGGUACAUCCCUUCAUAAAGACAUCAGAAGCAGAGGAGGUUGACUUUGCUGGAUGGCUAUGCAGCACCAUUGGGCUAAACCAGCCAGCAACCCCAACACACAGUGCAGGAAUAUGAGCGCAAUAAUUUUUUUUCUAAGCCAAACAACAACAAACUCCCACCAUCUAGUGUUUCUCCACCUGCCAAUCAAUCCAGAGACCAAGAGCAAACUACUGCCUCCUGAAACCUCCAACUUAUUUUAAUGUUGUCUUUAUUAUUAUGAGAUGCAUACAGCUGUAACUUUGUGUCAUGCCUUAAAUGCUUGGAUUCCGUUCUGCCAAAUAUUGUUGAAUGCCUUGAUCACAUCCAGAAGGCUUUGGUUAUCAACAUGGGUUUUUAAGAUUACAAUAUUACUAUCAGGAUAGUUCACCCUCAAAAAAUUUAAAAUGGUCACAAUUUACUGACCCUCAUAUUGGUACAAAUCCAUAUGACUUGCCUUCUCCAGCAUAAAACUAGAUUUUCUUAAAUAAUGCUGAUAGUGUAUCCCUUUUCUAUAAAAGCAAAUGGGGACCGAGGCUGUUAGGAAGAAUGUUGGUAGUAAGAAAUCAAGUCAUGCAGGUUUGGAACACAAGGCGAAGUAAACUGAAUUUUAUUCUAUGAUUUAAGUAAAUAUGUGCAAAGGCUCCCCCUGUACUUGUAAAUAUUACAUGAUGGUGUUAUGGCUUUUAAAACUUAAUUUCUAUUGCUGCACUUACUGUCAAGCUUUUGAGUGGUUACUUUAUUCCACUGUCAUGUUUUGUGUUCUGCUUUAUCCCAUUUCAAAAAUGAUGAAUCUGCAG